CUACUUGAGAAGCAUCGGAUUCACACAGAGCAGCGUCGACGUCGACCCGUGCAUCUUCACACAUGACGAGAGGGGACUAUGGGUGGUGGUUGUUGUGGACGACAUGCUCUACUCACCUGCAGUGGGCCGAGAGGCUUAACGCCGAUGUCCGGCAAGUUCGGCAUCAAGGACCUCGGACAUCCCGAUAGGUUCCUGGGCAUGAAGGUCACCUACGAAAGAAAAGAACGCAUCCUGGCACUCUCACAAGAGGAGUACGUGCAGAAGCUCAUCGAGAGGUUCAACAUGUGUGAUCGAAGGGGACAGAUACCUUGCCGUCUGAUGUCAAGCUCUCCAAAACAAUGGAACCUACAACAAAGGAGCAGCACGACCACAUGAGCAAAGUGCCAUAUCGCGACGCCGUCGGCAGCUUACUGUACUCCACAGUGACGCUCAGACCCGACAU